ACUAAUUAACAAGACUUGUCUUAACUUAAAAAUGUCUCUCUAUCACUCUCUUUGCUUUGUCCUCCUCCUCAUCCUCUCUCUCUGCCAUGGCUCUCACAGCCUCCGACCACGUCGUCCACGUCGAACUCCUCAUCUCGAUGGGCUACUCCCAAAUGGCAACUUUGAGCAAACCCCUCUCAAAUCGAACAUGAAAGGUCGACAAAUAAUCGGCACAAACUCUCUCCCUCACUGGCAAAUCUCCGGCCACGUGGAGUUAGUUUCCGGUGGGCCACAGCCCGGAGGGUUCUACUUCCCGGUCCCACGUGGGGUCCAUGCGGUUAGGAUAGGAAACUUAGCUUCCAUCUCUCAGGACGUGCAAGUGAAGCGUGGUUUGGUCUACUCUCUAACGUUUGGAGCCACGAGGAGUUGCGCUCAGGACGAGAACAUCAAAGUCUCCGUACCCGGUCAGGCCAACGAGCUUCCGAUCCAGACCGUCUUUAGCUCAGACGGUGGCGACACUUACGCUUGGGCUUUCAUGGCAACGUCCGAUGUGGUUAGAGUCACUUUCCAUAACCCUGGUGUUCAAGAGGACCACACUUGUGGUCCCCUCGUUGAUGCUGUCGCUAUCAAAGAGAUUCUUCCCGUCCGUUAUAACGGAGGAAACUUGGUGAAAAACGGCGGAUUCGAGAUUGGCCCACAUGUAUUCGCUAACUUCUCGACCGGAAUCUUGAUUCCGGCGAAGAUUCAAGAUUUGAUCUCACCGCUUCGUGGUUGGAUCAUCGAGUCGCUAAAACCGGUGAAAUAUAUCGACAGUCGCCAUUUCAAAGUUCCCGAUGGACUCGCCGCCGUGGAGCUAGUCGCCGGAAGAGAAAGUGCAAUCGCUCAGAUCAUACGUACCGUCGCCGGAAAAGCAUACAUGCUCUCGUUCACGGUGGGAGAUGCGCAAAAUGGCUGCCACGGUUCUAUGAUGGUGGAGGCGUUUGCCGGGAAAGAGCCGUUUAAGCUUACUUUCGUGUCAGAAGGUAAGGGAGACACUAAAACGGGGCGUUUUAGAUUUGUGGCCGAUUCGGAUCGCACCAGGUUAACUUUUUACAGUGGGUUUUAUCAUACCAAGCUUCAUGAUUUUGGUCAUCUUUGUGGGCCUGUUCUUGAUAGUGUUAUUGUAAUUCCGACCCAUUAAGGG